AUGCCAGCUCCACAACCUCACGGUGGUAUCCUUCAAGACCUCAUCUCAAGAGAUGCCCAUAAACAAGCUGAGCUUCUGAAAGAGGCCUCCACUCUUCAACGUCUUAGACUUAGCGACAGACAACUCUGUGAUUUGGAGAUGAUCCUCAACGGUGGUUUCUCCCCAUUGGAUGGAUUCCUCACGCAGAAGGACUACGACUCAGUGGUUGCAGACAUCAGACUGGCCAACGGGUUGGUGUGGUCGAUGCCUAUCAUCCUUGACGUCUCCACUCAACAGGCCUCCAAGUUCUCCGCUGGUGAGAGAAUUGUCCUCGUUGACGAUUACGACUAUGAAUUGGCCAUCUUGACCAUCAGCGACAAGUACACUCCAGACAAGCAGGUGGAAGCUGACAAGGUGUUUGGUGGUGAUCCAGAGCACCCAGCUAUCCAAUACUUGUUCAACCAAACCGGUGACGUCUACCUCGGUGGUCCAUUGGAUGCCAUUCGUCUUCCAUCUCACUACGACUACACCGGGUUGCGUAAGACACCUCAGGAGUUGCGUAACGAGUUUGCAAAGCGUAACUGGGCCCGUGUUGUUGCAUUCCAAACCAGAAACCCAAUGCACAGAGCUCACAGAGAACUGACCGUCCGUGCUGCUAGAGACGUUGAUGCCCACGUCCUUAUCCACCCAGUUGUUGGGUUGACCAAGCCAGGUGACAUUGACCACCACACAAGAGUCAGAGUUUACCAACAGAUCAUCAAGAAAUACCCACCAGGUACAGCUGAGCUUUCUCUCCUGCCAUUGGCCAUGAGAAUGGGUGGUCCAAGAGAAGCCGUGUGGCACGCACUCAUCAGAAAGAACUACGGUGCUACCCACUUCAUCGUUGGAAGAGACCAUGCUGGUCCAGGAUCCAACUCAAAGGGCGUGGACUUCUAUGGUCCUUACGAUGCUCAAGACAUGGUUGCCCAAUUCAAAGAGGAGUUAGGUAUCACCAUUGUUCCUUUCAGAAUGGUGACCUACUUGCCAGAUGAGGACCGUUAUGCACCAAUUGACACCAUCACAAAGGACACCAAGACCUUGAACAUCUCUGGUACUGAAUUGAGAAAGAGACUAAGAGAUGGUACUGAGAUCCCAGCAUGGUUCUCGUACCCAGAAGUCGUCGCUGUCUUGCGUGAGAGACACCCACCUAGACCAAAGCAAGGCUUUGCCAUCUACGUCACACACAGAAGAUUCGGUUACGCUCUGUUGGACAUCUUCAACCAAUUCGGUGGCCGUCACUUCACCAUCCUGGAUACCCAGGACCCAACCUCCUCUUCCAGAUUCGCCCGUGAGCUCAAUGCCUCUGGUGCAGGUGUCAUCAUCGUUGAUGAGGCUGCUAGCUCCAAGGAUGAGUACAAGAAGGAGGUCUCCAAGACCGGUACUUUCCUGAACGAAACCACAAAGGUGAUCUUGUCAUUGGAAGACCAAGGCUUCUUUAGAUUCAACUGA